CCGGCCCAUGUCAGCGUGGUUUAUCAAGAGAGUUGGGAAACCCUAGCAGCCAGCCACACAAACCCCAGUCACCUUCCUCCCUCGCCGCUCUCUCCCUCGGCUCGGCGGCGCAGACCUUCGUCGUCGCCGGCAGCGCUCUCCUCCUCAAGCCGUCCGCCACUACUCCACUUGCAGCAGUAGCGAUGGCUGUCGGUAAGAACAAGCGUAUCUCCAAGGGGAGGAAGGGAAGCAAAAAGAAGAUCGUCGAUCCCUUCACCAAGAAGGAGUGGUAUGAUAUCAAGGCACCAUUGCUGUUCAACACGCGCAAUGUUGGGAAGACCCUUGUCUCCAGGACGCAGGGUACCAAGAUUGCUUCCGAGGGUCUCAAACACAGGGUUUUUGAGGUAUCCCUUGCUGAUCUUCAGAACGAUGAGGAUCAGGCUUACAGGAAGAUCAGACUCCGUGCUGAGGAUGUGCAAGGGAGGAAUGUCCUCACAAAUUUCUGGGGCAUGGAUUUCACUACUGAUAAGCUCAGGUCGCUGGUCAAGAAAUGGCAGACGCUCAUCGAGGCUCAUGUGGAUGUCAAGACCACCGAUAACUAUAUGAUCCGUAUGUUCUGCAUCGGCUUUACCAAGAGACGCCCUAACCAAGUGAAGCGCACCUGCUACGCACAGAGCAGCCAGAUCAGACAGAUUCGCCGCAAGAUGGUUGAGAUCAUGAUCAACCAGGCUGCAAGCUGCGACCUGAAGGAGCUCGUCGCUAAGUUCAUUCCCGAGGUGAUUGGCAAGGAGAUUGAGAAGGCGACCUCAAGCAUUUUCCCCUUGCAGAACGUGUACGUUCGCAAGGUGAAGAUCCUGAAGGCGCCGAAGUUCGACCUUGGGAAGCUCAUGGAGGUCCAUGGUGACUACGGCAAGGAGGAUGUCGGCGUGAAGCUCGACAGGCCUGCUGAAGGAGACGAGGCCAUCCCUGGAGCGGAGGAGGUUGCGGCACCUGCUGAGUAGGAGAAUGGUGCCUGAAACGUCAUAGUCAGUUUAAUUUGAUGGCUGCUUUCGCUAGUACUCUGUCGACAUUCAUGUCCUGUUUUGUGUUCUUCUGGAUGGAAGUCAUGGCGGUUGAAACUAAAUGUUAAGUUACUUUCUGAAUGAGUACCAACUAUUUAUGUGUUUCGUUUGAGUAUCCGUACUGUCUUUUACCGAGGUUCCUCGGGAUGCUAGAGCUGA